CUUCAGUGCACAGUGGACAACCGCCGCGAGCAGUGUUCAGUCGCGCCCAACUCCCCACGGUAUUCACUCGUGCCCAACCAAUGCCGCCAACUUACCGCACUCGAGUAAAAUUAAAAAUACACAAGUAAAAAUAUUAACUAAAAGUACCCAACAACAAAUGGGAUAAAUAAACUGGUGAUUAAAAGUGGUGAUUGACUUCUAAGUUAGUGUUAAAACUUGGUGAUUUGUCGACAAACGAUUUUUUUGUGUGAUAUUAGUUUUUAGGUACUUUCGUUUUCGUUGUUAGUGUAAGUGUAAGUUUUUAAUUAUGGAAGAACACGGAGAGAGCAAGGAGCGAGUGCAGCGCGCGCCCUUCGAGACCGCUCUGCAUCACGCCGGUUACGGCUGCUUCCAAUGGCUGCUGCUGAUGUCAUGUGGCGCCAUCUACGCGGUGUGCGCGCUCAGCACCACCACGCUCAGCUUCGUGCUGCCGGCUGCCGAGUACGACUUCCACCUGUCCUCCAGUGACAAGGGCAGGCUUACUGCUACGCCUCUUAUUGGUAUGUGCGUAGGAUCUUACUUCUGGGGCAACCUGGCAGACGCGAGGGGGCGUAAGAAGGCCAUCAUCGGAGCGCUUCUGCUGGAUGCACUGGCUGCUUUCCUCUCCAGCGUGGUGCAGUCAUUCCCUGCGUUCUUAGCCUGCAGGUUCUUCUCCGGGUUCGGCAUCAUCGGAGCCACAGGGCUGAUCUUCCCUUACUUCGGAGACUUCUUGUCUCUCAGGCACCGGGAUGUCAUGCUGUGCAGGCUUGAGGUCUUCUGGACUUUUGGCACUAUUUUGUUGCCAGGUAUCGCAUUCCUCAUCAUCCCAGACUCCAGGUUCAACCUGACAGCAGUCGGAGCUGACUUCCAGUACACCUCAUGGCGAGUCUUCGUGGCAGCCUGUGGUAUCCCCAGCCUGUUGGUGGUGCUGCUCCUCAUACCGUUCCCGGAGAGUCCAAGAUACCUGCUGUAUGCGAACAGAGCGGAGCAGGCCUUGCAAGUGCUGCAGAGGAUAUUUGUGGUCAAUACUAAGCUUAGUGAGAAGGACUUUCCUGUAGAAUCAAUGAUAAGUGCCUACGAAGGUGAGGAGGAGGAGGUGGUGUCAGCAGACAACAACGGGAAUGAGACGAAGGCGCCGCUCACGUGGGCACAGCGCUGGGAUGCCUUCUGGGUCAGAAAGAAGAUGCUGGUCAUGCCUCCUUAUAUUGGCCUGCUGGUGCUGUGCUGCUUCGUGGACUUUGGACUUAUGUUCAGCUACUACACACUGAUGAUGUGGUUCCCGGACCUGUUCGAGCGGUUCAGCCAGUUCUCGUCUCUGUACCCUGACGUGUCUGCCGGCGUAUGCGAGGUGUCACUAGCCUUGGCUAAUGAUACUGCUGAGUUGACUGGCAAGUUACAGACACUAGAUGACAGAGUCUACAUCCAUACUCUGGUAGUAGCGUUAAGUUGCGUGCCCACUGCUCUGUGGGUCGGUCUCACCAUCAACGUAGUCGGCAAGAAGCUUAUGUUAGUGAUGAUGUUGAUCAGCUCCGGGCUGGCAGCGCUAGGACUGAACCUGGUGCGCUCCUCGCUGGAGAACCUCAUCCUGUCGUGUGUGUUCGAAGCCAUCGUCAGCUGCACUGAGGCAGUGCUGUUCUGUGUCAUCUGCGAGAUAUUCCCUACUAAAGUCGCUGCCACAGCUAUGGCGGUUACAGUGAUGUGUGGCCGGAUAGGGGCUAUAGUGGGCAACGUGGUCUUCGGAGCCCUGGUAGACGAGCACUGCGUGGUGCCCAUAUAUAUGUUCGGAACAUUGCUUAUAACGAGCGGGUUGCUGUGUAUAAUACUUCCGAAGAGCACACGCCCCGAGCGGCCCACGUGAGGCCCUGUAGUCAUACUGUUAUAUUUUUAUAUCUAUUAAAUAAUUAUAUCCACAACCAAAA